UGUGUGUGCGCGCGCGCGCGUGUGAGUGUGUGUAAAACAGUGAGGGAGCCCCGGUGUGUCUUCAUUAGCUCAUCAUGGCGUUCACGUUCGCAGCCUUCUGCUACAUGCUGGCCUUGCUCCUCACGGCGGCUCUCAUAUUUUUCGCGAUAUGGCACAUAAUCGCCUUCGACGAGCUGAAGACCGACUACAAGAAUCCUAUAGACCAGUGCAACACGUUAAACCCGACAGUUGAGAGGGUGAAAAAGAUAAAGAGAGUCAGGCUUGCUCUGAAGCUGGUGUUGCCGGAGUAUCUGAUCCACGUGUUCUUCUGUGUGAUGUUCCUUUGCGCCGCUGAGUGGCUCACGCUCGGACUCAACAUGCCCCUGCUGGCCUAUCACGUCUGGAGGUACAUGAGUCGUCCCGUGAUGAGUGGUCCGGGCCUGUAUGACCCCACCACCAUAAUGAAUGCUGAUAUUUUGGCGUACUGUCAGAAGGAGGGCUGGUGUAAACUCGCCUUCUACCUCCUCUCCUUCUUCUACUAUCUCUACGGGAUGAUCUACGUCUUGGUCAGCUCUUAAUCUGGACGCCGCUGGUUUGGAGAGACGCACGGGCUGGAACAAGAGUUGCACCGGCAGAGCUGAGUUUGGACUGAAUUCGGACGCCUCUCCCAGUGCAGUGCGGUUCUCGGUUCUAUUCCAAAAGGACACCUUCAUCACCUGGGGGGGUGGGGUGGGGGGGGGGAGCAAAACUGGACACAAGCGGCCGCCACUGGCCCCCACACAUACACUCAUUACACAAACAGCACGACAUGAACUAUUACACUAGCUCAGACCCCCCCCCCCCCCCAUCCCCUGUAUUGCUGUUUGUUUUUAUUUCUAUCGAGUGAUAUUUGAUACUUCUAACUGAAAUAAAGGCGUUUUUGUUUUUUUCCUUCCUUUAUUUUUGACAUUGUUUACUGAAACGCUGUGUUAGCCUUUCACUAGGUUGUUUUGUCAGACAGUAGCUGUUCUGGUUCGUCGUGUGCCGAGUUCCUCCUGACGCGUCCGUUUCUCCCGUCGGGCGGUAGAGUGCUUGGGCCCCUGACGUUGCUGUUUAGCGCUGGGCUGCUUUCACUGAAUGCAUGAGUUAAUUAGCGCUAAUGAUGAUUUGACGGCUUUCAGAGCUUUUCAAGCUGCAAAGAUCUGCUUUUAAAUGUGUUCUGGGUUUAAAAUGAGUUGCUGUGAUUUCAUUUCUCAUUCUUAUUGUUUUUUGAUUGUCUUUCACGUGAAGGCCGAAUGUAGAGACGCUCUUAUUAGGCGCAGCCGUCCUGACGGCGGGGCCGUGUUUAACGCCCGGCUGGGUUUAUUAACGUUCCCGUUUAAAGUGAUAGUUUAGCAGCUGAAUGACCUCCGUUUCACCCCUUCAUCGGCUCGGGCAUCUCCAGGAUCUGGAGUUUGCUUCUUCAGUUUUUCCGCUCGGCUGUGGAUCUUAACGUAGCUGUAGUGAUGAUGUUUAGUCCAGGUUUAUAGUCGGACAUCAGAGUCGGGUCUGAGGCGCCGAGUGUGAUGACAACUCGUGGUUUUGAGCUUCGGGAUCGCAUUAGCGUAGCACCAGAGGGGUUCUGCUGUUGUGAUGUGAAGCUUAUGACAACGGAAGAACCUGUUUAGGUUCUUUUGAGUGUUCAGGGUUCUGCGGAGAACCACUGUCUUUACUAAAGAACCUUUGAAGCACCUUAUUUUUUUAAGUGUGAGGGUGAAUGUAGUCGUAGCCGUAGCCAGACUAUCUCUUUAAAGUCCCAGUCAGGAAUUCUCAGGCCAGUUCCUGCAGCCCAACAAGAGCGCGGCGUCUAUAAUCAGCGGUUUGUGCGUUCAGCAAACUUCAUGUUCCUGAUCGAGGCUUUAAUUUCGCUUCUUGAUGUUCAGAUCGUCUCUUCUGCUCGGUUCCUCAAGCUGGUGACACUCCAGGCCAAAAACCAUCUGAAAUCCAUUCAGCAAGACUGAGCUGCGACGUUCCGUCUGAAUCGGUUUAAUUCACUCUCACAAAGCGCGGGUCGGUCUCCUACUGUAGAAAGGAGACGAGUGAAGCUCGGCUUCGUAGAGUCGGGUGUGUGAAGAGGUUUGUGUCUCACUGAGCUGGUGGAGAGAGUGUGUGUGUGUGUGAGUGCAUCGUCGCUCUGAAGGGUGUGUGUACGAGCCUCUUGAGCUAGAAAUGAGCUGUUCACCCCUCAAUCCACCGCAGGACGAAAUGACAAUAAACUGAUUCCACCUUCUCUAACGUG